CCGCUGGGUGUGAGCCCUGGAUACCGGUAAAGUUCGUGAGGAAAUCUUAAUCCUUCUUAGCGGAGCAAAAGCCGUGCGAGCCCGCCAGGCGGUCCCCCGGGUGCUGGGCGCCUGGGGCAGCGGCGUUGGCGGUUGCGCCGCGACCGGGAGGCGCCGGCGGCCGGACGAAUUGAGAGAGAAGAUCUGAUCCAUCUGGAAUUAGAGUUGGUAUAGAGACCAUUUCUACUUGGAAAAUGUUGGAGGAAGACAUGGAAGUGGCCAUCAAGAUGGUAGUUGUAGGGAAUGGAGCAGUUGGAAAAUCAAGCAUGAUUCAGCGAUACUGCAAAGGCAUUUUUACGAAAGACUACAAGAAAACCAUUGGGGUUGAUUUCUUGGAGCGACAGAUCCAAAUUAACAAUGAAGAUGUCAGACUGAUGCUAUGGGACACGGCAGGCCAAGAGGAGUUUGACGCAAUAACCAAGGCAUACUAUCGAGGAGCCCAGGCCUGUGUGCUUGUCUUUUCUACUACAGACAGGGAGUCUUUUGAAGCAGUUUCCAGCUGGAGAGAAAAAGUAGCAGCUGAAGUUGGAGACAUUCCAGCUGUGCUCGUACAAAACAAGAUUGACCUCUUGGAUGACUCUUGUAUAAAAAAUGAGGAGGCUGAAGCACUGGCAAAACGGUUAAAGUUAAGAUUCUACAGAACCUCAGUGAAAGAAGACCUAAAUGUGAAUGAAGUUUUUAAGUAUCUGGCUGAGAAGUGUCUUCAAAAACUCAAACAGCAAAUAGCUGGGGACUCAGAAGCUGUGCGCUCUAGUAGCAAGAUUGGUGUCUUUAAUACAUCUGGUGGAAGUCACUCGGGUCAGAAUUCAAGUACUCUUAAUGGUGGAGACGUCAUCAAUCUUAGACCUAACAAACAAAGGACCAAGAAAAAUAGAAAUCCUUUUAGUAGCUGUAGUAUACCCUAAAAUCUUUAGGUAGGAGAAAAGUUGAAUUAUAGUGUGCAAUUCACUAAGAAACACAUCCAGCUGUCACGGUAUUUUAUAAGUGUUUUAGCAGACUUUGCACCUAAUGCUCUCUGAAAGCUGACAGAUUUCAAUAGUACUCUGCAGUGCUUUUCAGAACGUAGAGUGAGACCUCUGGCGGAAAAAUUACUGCCCUACAGACUCAUUUUAAUUUUCUGUGUUAGACGAAGCUUCUGUUUUUGAAAGAAUGCUAUAAAGAAUGUCAAAAACAGGUUUUGCUGAAUUUUAAGUGCUAGAAAACAUAAAUGAAAUGCCUAAAUAUAUCGGUACAGGUUUUAAUGCCAAGGACCAAGGACAGCGAGCAUUAUGAAAUUGGUUAUGCAGCUUUUCUGAAAAGUAGUGUUCAGUUAGAACAAAACAGUACUGAGAGGCAAACCUUAAAUCGUGCCAGACUGCGUCAGUGUGAUUCUGGCAAUGUUGCUUGUGUGGUGUCUGUAAAGUGCAGUGGGGGUGCAUGCAGACAUCUGGUGCAGGAGUAAACUGCAGUUCUGUGUGGUAUUUGAGCAAUUGUAGAUUUGAAUUCAUUCAUUCAUGAAACCAUUUACACAUCAUGUAUAUGUUCUUAGUUUCAAAUGAGAAAUUCUAGACAUAUGUUUUGAAAUGAACUUGGAUUUAGAAAGUGCUUUGUGCCAAAAGUAUCAUCCCUAAUUUUCACAGUGCUCUGCUAUCAGAAUUUGUAUAGUGUAUAGUCUUUUAAAAGCAGUCUCCUCUGCAAAGGGCAGAUAGAAGAGGGAUACGAACAUGCCAGUGCCAGAGCAGCGUCUCCUGUGUGAGAUGUCCUGCACCGCACCUCUGUGUGUCCGUGUGUCCAUGUAGGCGCAGUGAGCCCUGCUGUCCUCAGCUUAGCCCGGUCCUAGGGCACUCUGGAGGCUGUCCAGGAUGUUUGUGCAUCUGACACCUUUCUCUGCCAGUUGAGAACCCAGCUUUGAACUUUUAAGAUUACACUUAACCAUUUUUAAAAGUGCACAAAAGAAGAACUUCAGUCCUAGUCCAGUGUAUGGAUUUUGUAAUGCCUCGCAACUGU